CCUCUCCCCACAUCGCCCUGCUUCCCAUCCACCACGUAGAGUCCAAGUUAAUCGCACAUCCAACCCAUGACUGAGUUUUUUAUUAACCACCACUCCUAGAGGAGCUGCCCCAGAGAGUUUCUUGACUUUGCCUACUUGACUGCGGGAGAGUCAGAGCUUGAGGCACCAUGGAGGAGGAAUCGCCAGUCCUUGCGCCAGAGAGGGCGGCCAUCAACAAUCCAGCAGACAUUUCCGUCAUCUGCUUCUACUUCCUUGCGGUCAUUGGAGUCGGUCUGUGGGUAUGUAUGUAGGGAGGGGGGUCUCCUCUCACGUAAACACGCUUCCCUCAUCUAGGGGUUUCUUCCAGACUGCCUUUAUUUUCAGGUGGGAUUCUAUCCCAUCCUGGAAAAUUCGGGUUGUGCAAUUAGUUGAUUGGGAGCUCCUGUGUAACAGACUUGUUUCUCCUCCCCUGAAACCAGACUUUUUGCAAUAAGUCAUGGGAAAAUGCACCGGGAAAUGAGUCUGUUUGAUACACAACAUCAUCUAAUCUCCCUGCAAACAGAUCCCAAUGAAUGCUCGAUAAACAGGCAGUCUGGAAGUGGCCUAGGAAAGAAAGGACUCAGUUCCUCACUUAGAAAACAAAGACACUGACUUGCUGUGGGGAAGGAAUUGGAACCAGCAUUUGAGGGUAAAAUAUGGAGCUGUCAGAGCCAAGCCAGGACAAAGAGCAUACCAUCACCUAUUUUUCUGUUACUCAGCUCAUUUCGUUGCAUAGCUCAAGAGAUUCCUGCAUUGUAAGGGGUUGGACUAGAUGGACUCCCUUCCAAAUCUACAAUUCUAAGAUUCUAUUAUUCUAGCCCAAACACAACUCAUCCACCCACCAUCAUCUCUCCAUUUGAGUCUUCCAUGUCUUCUCUCGGAGUAUUUCAGGUUCGUCUAUUCAUUUUCAAGGCAACUUGGGUCCAGGGUCUCUUAAGGACAGCCUGAUUCCAUAUAUCCCUGGCCUGACCACUGAGAUAUUUGGGGAAGUCUCUGUUAGUGGCCCCCAAUGCAACCGAUACACGGCUUGUAUCCACCAGAAGCCACACAUUCAAUAUUGUGAAUCAAAUCGUAUGGAAAGCCCCCCCCAGCUGAAAUUAGACAGAACCACCACCACACCACACCCCCAUUGAAUGUCAAGCACUUGACAAAGACUUUUCCGUUCCAACAGGCAUUUUAAGUUCACCUGUUUUGAUAAUAAUUUUUCAUUUAUUUUAGCCACUGUGUGUUGGUGGGAUGGGGAUUGAUUCUAAUUGGUUUUAUCCAUCGUAUACUUUUUAGAAUUUUUUAUGUAGACUGCUUAGAAAUCCUGGAGAUUAAGUGUCCUGUAUAAAUAGCAUAAAUAAAACAAAUUUACAGAAAGGAGAAUGAAAAGCAGCUGAAGUGUUAGAUUCAAAUGCACUCUAAUGGUUCACUCAAAGGAUUACUCAGUGGCAAAAUGUCAUUAAUAAUAACUAUAAGCAUGAAAAACACAGAAUAAAUUUGUGGGGGUGCUGGUCCAUUAGGGCUGCUCCUCCAACUUUGGUUGGCUUUCAGCCAGCCCCCGCCAGACCACCUUCUUACUUGUAACCAGGCCGGGGGCGCAUUGCCCGUCAGCUUCUUCCUCCUUGAUCUUAGUGUUUCUCUUCUAGAUGCCUUCAGGGAGGAGGUUGGGGAGCAAAACUAGACUCCACCUAUCACUGGCUCUCAGUCCACCUCCUGUGGUCCUCCCUGCCUUCCACCCUUCCAGUCCCAAUUGGGCAGAAGACACCAACUGAUAAACUUGCCCGAAGGUUGGAGCAGAUGUUUUCAGAAACACACCACACCCUUUUAAGUUUUGUUAAAGCAGCUGCACUGGCUGCCCAUCUGCUUCCGAGCCGGAAACAAGAUUCUUGUAUUAAUUUACAAAACAACUUCGGUCCAGGGUAGCUCAGAAACUACCUAAACCUUUCUUUCCCAGCUCAAUCCUGAGAUCAUUCGCAGGAGCAUCGGUGGUCAUUCGCCGAUUUUGCAAGGCUCAUUUGCUGUUGAAACCUGAUUGUCACCCCUGAUUGACAGGUCGAUGUGUCAACACAUGGAAUGGGACCAAGUCUCAAACCCAUGAAAGGCCACUGUGAGCCUAUAUUGACACCUCUCAAAGAUGCAACUAGAACUUCUUCUUUUUUAAAGCCUGAUUAAUAUAUCAAACUUCUCCCAAGGCACUGCAGAUAAAUACAAAGAUUUAAACUAAUCUGUGUAUACCUAAACUGCAAGUUACUUGGAUGUUAUUAACUAAGUUAUAAAAAAAGAUGUGUUAAAUUUAACUGGGGGCAGCCUGUUCCAUUAUGCCGCCUGAGGCGGCUACUUCAGUCUGCCUCAUGUAUGGCCCGGCCCUGCAAAUGCAGUUGAGGAACCUAGAACCCAAACACUGCCUCAAGACUUUCCUUUGCUGUUCUCCUCUGCUACAGGGUUCCUCUGCCCCACAUUCAAGCAGGGAGGCCUGUCACGCUAGGCAUAUUUUCUGCUUUUCUCCCCAUCCUUGUCUCUUCUCUUUGAUCCUAGGCCUGGUCCUUCCAAAUGGGUUAAUGAUUGCAAAAAGCUACAUCGGUCAGGAAUGUACUAGCAAGCUGGUAAUGAGGUGUAAAAUUGAACAGAUUAGCAAUUGAACAAUCUGUUCCCUAGAGGAUGGGCUCUGUUCCCUCUGUGCUUGUCUCCUUUUGAUGCAGCCAGGGCAAGAAAUAUGCCCCAUAUUAUAACACACACACACCCCAAAAUGGCUGAGCCUUUCCACAAUGUCUACUCACACCACCUUUCCUCUCUCUCUUGGCUCACAGUCAAUGUGCCGGACCAACAGGGGUACCGUCAGGGGAUAUUUCUUGGCUGGUAGGAACAUGGUGUGGUGGCCGGUGAGUAACAGAAAAUGGACAGGAACAAAGGAAGAGAUGGGAGCCCUGGGGCUUGGGAACAGGGGGCAAAAAGGCCCAAAUCAGAGAAUGGGAAAGCUUUUUCAGACUGAGGGCCACAUUCCCCUUUAAGGCAACUUUCUGGGGGCCGCAGGUCAAGUGCACAGGCAAAAAUGGGCGAAGCCAUGGAUGUUUACCUUUGUACAGUAGGCUAGUUUCCAGACAGAGUCACACACGCCUCCCUCCCCACCAUUCAGGGAAGCAAAAGGCAUUACUAGAAUUCAAGGACACAUCCCAAUGAAGGUGUGAAGCAAGGCUGCUUAGGGGUGUGGCCCCGGGGAGAGCCCCAAGGGCCGGAGAGCUGUAUUUGACCCCCAGUCCUGAGGCUCGAAACACCUGCCCCAAAUACUUCAGGUUGGGGAGAGGAAUGGAUAGGAAUGAAAUAAGAUGAUGAGAAUGGGAGGGUGGGAAGAUAGAUCAGAAGACAGGGAAGUUCAGGAGCGAAGAGGAAAAAUAGGGAGAAGCAAAAAGAAAGUGAGAAAUAAAUUAAGAUGAUGAACAGGCAUGGCAGGGAGAGAAUUAAAAUAUUUAGGACAUUGGAUGAAAUUGGAGUUAGGAGGGAAGAGAGGGAAGAAGCACCAAGGCCAAGAUGGUGGGUGGGCUUUGGUGUUUUGGUUGGUGGUGUGCGUGGGGAACGUCAAGAAGCUGCCCUAUCCCUUCUUUGGUGGUUGGUGUGCCCACAGAUCGGCGCCUCUCUCUUUGCCAGCAACAUCGGCAGCGGUCAUUUUGUGGGCUUGGCAGGCACUGGGGCAGCGACCGGCCUGGCCGUGGCGGGAUUCGAGUGGAACGUAAGCAAUGGGCUGCAGGCUCCAUCUUUCUUUCUUGGGAAACACAGCGUGCGGGUGGGGAGGCAAGAUGCUUUCAUUCGGCGAACGGAAACUGCAAGCGGGACUGCUCAGAUACACACUUGGAUCGGGGCCUGCUGUCACCUGGGCAGCUUUCUGAGGGCCACCUGUGGGUGGGCCAUAGUGGAAAGUGGGAGGGGCAACACACGCAAAUUCUACCUUUGUACAGUAAGCUAGUUUCUACACAUACGCACACUCCAUCCUUCUCCCAGGCCGUCCAGAGGCAAGAUCAGAGCGCAAGGGAACAUUCCAGCCAAGCACAAGCACUCAAGGAGGGUGUGAAGCAGGGGGCAGUGAGUGGUUUGGCCUGGGAAGAGUUCUGAGGGCCAGACAGAGAGGUAUUGAGGGCCACAUCUGGCCCCCAAGCCUGAGGUUCACCACUUUUCCUAUAGACAUUCAACUGGUGUUGAUUUUCCCAACUUGAAAAGGCAGCGAUAGAGGAAACUUCACCCAUUACAUUUCUGCCUCUUAUGUACAUGUCAAUGACAUAGAAGCCCUAUCAAAAAACAAGAUUAUUAUUUUUUAAGUGAGAACUUGAGCCACCCUAACCCACUUCUCUCUUUCCUCCCAGGCUCUCUUCCUUGUCCUCCUCCUAGGAUGGCUCUUCGUCCCGGUCUACCUCACAGCUGGGGUAAUAAGAACACACGCUGCUCGCUUCUUUGUGACAUUUUAAGUCUCUUCAAGGAACCCAGAGUAGCCCCAUGGUUCUCCCUGACUCCAAUUUUAUCCUCACAACUGUACUGGGUGCGGAGGUGGGUUGGGCUGAGCGAUGGGGACUGAUCUGCAGUCACCCAGCUAGCAUCAUGGCUGCGCAGAAGUUUGAACUCAGGUCUCCCAUGUCUAAAUCCAACAUUCUUAACUCCUUGGCUAUGUCGAACAACGACUGGUGUGUGAAAACUGAGGACAUGAGAAGAGGAAGAUGCUGAGUGGGUUUGGGUGGCAAGAGAAAAGAGGAUGGAAAACCAGGGUGCCUGUGGGCUUAGUAGGUUGGGAAUGGAAGAGCAGAGCCAAAAUAUUGGAUUCAUCCCCGGGAGCAUGCUAAGAAGCUAACCCUUGGAACAAGAAGCUCCCCUUUUUCCAUAUACAGCUGUGUGCCAUUAAUACCUAUUUAUUAGACCAGGUGUGGAGAACCUGGGACCUUCCAGAUGUUGCUGAACUACAAGCCAUUCAGCCCCAGCAAGCCCAGGAAUCAUGGGAGUUGUAGUUCAGCAACAAUCUGGAGGGCCGAAGGUUCCCUGCACCUCUACUACACCAAUAAGCUUCGGAUUUAAGCAGAGUAUUCAUUUUAAAUGUGCAGUUUUUAAAAAUCAAAUGUUAACAACAAGUUGACUUUAAAUUUAUCAUCAUAAUGUGAGCUUUAAAAAAAAAUCAACAAUCACACACACAAAUUACAUGUCUAGAAAGGCUUGCCAAAGAAGAAUAGCAUUUUUAGCAGGCAUCUAAAACAGUAGUGCAAAGUUGCCUGUCUAAUGUCAAUGGGCAGGGAGUUCCAGAGGUUAGGUGUUGCCCCUCUGAAAGAAUAACUCCUUGCUAGUGCGGAGCAAACAUUAUGUGGCUCUUGCUUUAACACCAUAAAAGACAGCAGUGACAUCUCCCCUGCUGCUUCCUCCCCUUGCAGGUCAUCACGAUGCCACAGUACCUGAAGAAGCGCUUUGGAGGCCGACGUAUCCGACUCUACCUCUCCGUCCUCUCCCUUUUCAUGUAUAUCUUCACCAAGAUCUCAGUAGGUCAUUUCUCUGGGCAUGAAGAACUGAGAGGUUGGGCAAGUGGGUGCAGGAUUUCCAACAAGGGUUUGGCUGGUCCACUUCCACCUGAGGAGAGAAGGCCACUUUAAUGGUGGACGGAAGCUGCUAGGCAAAGCCUGUCCCCUCACCCAGCCUCCUCUUGGAGAGGGAAGAACCCCUUUCCCAGUCUGAUUUCUUUGGGGACCAUUAGCCAUGAUCUAUGGACUUGGGCUUUCUCCUUCUCACCUGGCAGGUGGACAUGUUCUCUGGAGCCGUCUUCAUCCAGCAAGCUUUGGGCUGGAAUAUUUAUGUGGCCGUCAUAGCCCUCCUGAUCAUAACCACCAUUUACACAGUGACAGGUAACUGGAACGUUGAAGUGGUUAUCAGAACAGGCUGGUGGCAGGGAAUACAAUAGAGAACCGGGUUGCCAACCAGCCAUGAGAGAGAGGCAGCCUGACCUGUUCAUGCCCCUUUAACCAAAGCAGAAACCAGCUUUUCAGACCAUCAACCUGUUAACUGCUGCAAGUCAACGUGCUUGACAGGUACAGGGGCAAAUGACACCUCAUCCCCAGAGCCAAGCUAUAUUAUACUAAUAGCUUUCUUCUUCUUCUUCUUCUUCUUCUUCUUCAGUCACUUGUAGCCAAGUAAGAUUGUCUUCCAUGAACACAGUUUUAACAGUGAGUCCAUGACUGUGGAGACCAAUUCUGGAUCCACACGUCCUUCCACAGUGGGGACAUUGGUUUCCGGGCGGGAGUUGAUCACGGUGUGGAUUUGCCAAGCGUGCCUUCCUCUUAGCACGUUUCUCCUUUUUGUCCUGAGUUCAAGCAUCUUCAAAGCCCAUGAUACUAAUAGCACCCAGGGCUAGUCAAGGGUUUGUUUGUUUGCUUGUUUGCUUGCUUGCAUCUGAGGCAGAAAAUCCCACAUGCGCCUCUCCCCAUCCCAGGCAGCAAAGAGAAAAUAAGAAUGAAUUAAAUAAUAAAAUAUUUGCUGCCAUUUUGUGAAACUGCUGGCCUAACAGAAGGACAGGCAGUCAUUUCUAGUUCAUAAGAUGGAAACCUCAGAGAGGUAGAUAGGCAGGUCUGUGCGCAUAUGUGGAAGAGAGAGAGAAUGGGAGAGGGAGAAAAGGGAAGCAGUGUGUGUGUGUAUGUGAGAGGAGAAGAGUGUGUAUGUAUUGCAGUAAGUGACAGACAAUAUGAGAGUGAGAGAGACUGAGAGGCAAGCUCUCUCUCUCUCUCUCUCUCUCUCUCUCUCUCUCUCUCUCUCUCUCUCGUGUGUCUGUGUGUGUAUCAGAGUAGAAAUGCUGUGCCAAGCAUGGUGUUACUCCUUGCAUUAACCAAGUUAAUUGCAUACAAUUUCCAAACAAAACAUAGGCUAAGGGACCACCCACCAACCCACCCCCUGCUUAGAAAUGGACUUUGCACUCUUUGUGCGUUUGAAUCACAAUGAGGGAGCCUCUUCUCACUGCAUUAUCUCCCCUUCCCUCCAUUCCGGCACGUAGGCAAUCUUACCCCUGGGAACAUUACGCACAUUUUCUGCCCUCAGAUCUUCAAGCGCAGCCUUUUCUGAGUAAACUCCAGUUCCCCGCCCUCAGCUUCUAUUUGUCCCAAUAAGAAGAAAUAAGCUCUAUUUGGCUCCAAAAACUGCUUCCUGGGCUAAUAGGAGCAGCUGAGGAGGAGGAAAGGGUUCAACCCCCUUUCCUCAAACUGGGGGACCCCACUUCUAUGAGUCACUUUUAAAAAAUAAGACACAGCAGCAAGGGCUAAGGGCCUAACUCUGGCUGAAAAUAUGCAAAGAAAUGUACCUCAGACCGUGGGCAGAAUGCCAGUAAUGCAUAACUGCUGCUUACAAACCCCACUGAGUGUUGUUGCUCUGGGCAUUCAGGUGUUGUUUCCUUGAAGAGUUGAGGCAUUCCUAUUUUUCGAAAAAUUAAUAACAAACAGGCUAGGCUACCUGAAAAUGGCAAACAUCAAUGGCACGUAUAAUAAAGCUACUGCUGAUCCACAGAUUAGGCACCCAUUUUUCAAAGCACUGUCAUUCCAUGAUGCUUCCACCUCAUGGAUGAAGUUGCCAAUGUUUCUAGUUUUCUGUCCUGAAAUCAUUGGCUGCGAUUGUUGUUAGAACGCGUUUUGUCAUCUAUACGUUAACCACUCCUUUGGGAGGGAGGGCAGGAUAUAAACUGAAUGCAUGUACAACUGAAGGGAAAGGCUCCUGGGCCUUUAAAUACCUAUGCAGCAGGCAGAGCUUCAACAGGCAAAGCUUGCCUCAUCCUGAAGGAGAGCUCACCUGUUGAAUUUCUGACUGACAUUAAGGAUCCCUGCCAGAAAAAAAGAUAAGCAGCCUGACUAAUGAUGAGCAGGAAGAACAGGUCUGGUUAUUCCUUUAAUGCCCUUGAGAAACCCCAAUCUGUUGCUGGUCUGUGUUAUAGUGGUAGCAUUUCGACAGAGCCUCUUGCGCACAUACGGCUUUACAGAGUUUAAGAGGACAGGUCUUUGCCCUGAGGAGCUUACAGUCUAAAGUGCAGCUGGUGCCAAGUGAGAUGGAUCAACCAAAUGACAAGAUGAUCCCCAGGAUCCCAGUUCCAACUCUGCAGUUCUAUGAUUCUAUUAUUUAGUGCAGUAAUACGGUUCCCUAUGACCUGCGCAUGGCCUUCUCCUGUCUUUCCUCCAGGUGGGUUGGCAGCGCUGAUGUUCACAGACACAAUCCAGUCAUUCGUCAUGAUUGGUGGAUCCUGUGUCCUGAUGGGGUUUGGUGAGUAGGUCACUUCCCGUGGCAGACAUGACACUGAGGCAUGGGCACCAUAUUGGUAACAGAGGCAGUGGGGUGCAAUGGUUAGAGUUUUGGACGAGGACCUGGAAGACCAGGGUCCAAGUCCUCGUUGGGUGACCUUGGGCCAGUCACUGUCUCUUGGCCGAACCUACCUCACAGGAUUGUUGUGAAGAUAAAAUGGGGAGGAGGUGGAAUCCAUCCCGUAUGCCACCUUGAGGUCCUUGAAGGUGGGACAUUAAACAAAUCAACAAACAAGCUUUUAAUCAGUGCUAAAAUGCUUUCCCCACUGUUUUUCAAAGAAAUAUAUUAGAUAUUAAUGAAAUAUUUUCUGAACUUAAAACACUGGAAAAAGUGGUGCUUAAAUUAAAGUGAUAAAGAGAGCUAUAAAGCUAAAAUGCUUUAAAAAAAAUAAAACUCUGGUCGUCGCCAUUUUAGCAAUUUCCUCCACGUUCCCAAUCUAUAUUUCUGAUUCAAAACACUUCUUUUUUUACCAAAAGCACACACACAAAACCCAUAUCCGGGGUUGCGCUGGGGGCUUGGUGCUAAAUAAAUACUUUAUUUUACUUAUUUUUAAACUAGGACUAUUCUUUUUGAUGAGAUAACUCAGCUGUGCAUCUUCCACAUUUCAUCUCGGUAUCCCUUGUACGACUCUGCUUUGAAAGUCUUGUUCUAAAAACAAUCUUUAUUCUUGUUCUAAAAACAAUCUUUAUUUGUGAAUUAUUUGUGGUGGAGAACGCCUGGGUUCUUUUGGGGUUGGAAGGAAAAGUCUGGGCAACCGUAGCAGAUGUUUGGGGUGACAUCAUGAGUGAGUGUGCCAUUUCCUGUCUUUAAAUUGCCUCUAUUCCGCUGCAGCCUUUAACGCAGUGGGAGGUUACCAGGCGGUGUUCGACAAGUACAUGCAGGCCCUUCCCAGACGGACCCUCUCCCCGAACCCCGCUCUCUACAACAUCUCAGCCUCCUGCUACCUGCCCCGCGAAGACUCCUUUCAGAUGAUGAGAGAUGCCGUCGUCAGCGACAUGCCCUGGCCGGCUGUUAUCCUUGGCCUCUCCAUCAAUUCUCUCUGGUACUGGUGCACUGACCAGGUAAGGCAAGGGCGAGAGUAUCUUUCUCUCUGCCUGGCUCUAUCGCAGUCUCCUAAUGCCUGCUUGCACAAGAUCAUACCCUUUUCCUCUGGAUUUCAACACCCAGUUUCUGACUCGCUGCCUUUCUAAUCUAAAAAGCCUCAAACGUUGUAACUUUUCUGCAACCAGCACUUGAUCGUUUUGGUUGGCGUUUCCUGCACCUUUUCCAGCUUUGCGCUAUUUGAGUUGCAAAGGCCAGAAUUGUAUAUACAGCAGUGGUUCCUAACUGGGGGUCCGCGUAACCCACCCAGGGGGUCCCCAUGGCACCAUUCACGUAACAAAAACUACCAUAGAGAUAUCACAACUUUCAAAAGUAGGGGGUCUGUGGCUUAGCGUUUGAAAAACAGAGGGUCUGCAGUACUUAGCCAAUUGGAAAACACUGGUAUUCAGUUUUUCCAAGUGCAGUUGCACCAUAGAUUUGUGCAAAGUGGGCUGGGGAACCUCCUGCUAGCCAAUUAAAAAAAGGUCAGGCCACUUGUCAAUUAGCUGACAUCAUCCUGAUGGGCAGGGGAUGUCAGAUGACAUGCUGCUGGGUUUGAGUUUGCUCAGUUUGGCUGUGUGGCACUGUUCCCUGCCCAUCAGCUCUUAAGUGGGGAUGUAGAGGUGUUAAAUCCUGCAGGAAACCUACUGUGCAUAGUCAAUCCUUGCAAAAAGCAGAAUUUAUCCUGCUCCACCCCAUCCGUCAGCUUUGACAGAUGAGAGGGAUGUAAACAUUAUUAUUAUUAUUACUGUGGUUUUUGCUAUAGAAAGGUGGGUGGUUUCACCCGUCUGCCAAGCACCUGACAUCAUGAUGACAUUUGUUGAAUGACAGGUGAGGGAUUCUCAGGGUGAAAGCCACCCCACCCCUGAUGUAAAGGCAUUAGCUAAAUCAUGGAAAAGAUGACUGGCGGCAAAAGUUCCUGUUUUCAUCCCGCACAGGUGAUCGUGCAGAGGUGCCUUGCUGGGAAGAACCUCACCCAUGUCAAAGCCGGCUGCAUCCUUUGUGGCUACCUCAAACUGCUGCCCAUGUUUCUUAUGGUUAUGCCUGGCAUGAUCAGCCGGAUCCUGUAUCCAGGUAAACACCUGGGGUGAGCUGGGGAGGCAGGUCAGAACUGGGGGAAGGAGGCCACGUCCUGAUAUUCCAUGAAGGCAGAAAAAGUUUGGAGUGCUUUCCUGAUCUCAGUGCAGGCCACUGGUGCCAGACCGCCGACGUACAACACAACCACAACCUUCAGUCUUGUCACCAGUGGCCUCAAUAGAGCUGAUGGGUUCCUGGGAACUCUAGUUUAAGGGUGCAGGGGAUUGUGGCUCUGUGGGGGGUAAACUAAAGUUCCAUGGUUCUUUGAGGGUAGGACGUAAGCACCUAUUUAGACAUUGGCUACCUACAACGUAAAAGCCAACACCUCUGGCCCAUCACCCAGUAAGCGGCGCACACACAAAACAUCAGUCCAGAAUUGACGGCACCCCUGCAGUCUUCCCAUGACACCUGCAGCUCCCCCCACAACUCACCGGUCCUUGGGCAUGAGGUGGUUGUCUUUCCCUUCCUUGAAAAAUACGCAGAGCUGAAACAAGGAAGUUGGAAGAGUGCCACGCCUUCCCCUUUCAGCUCUGGGGGCUUUUCCAGGCUCAGAAUAAGUCUGCAGAAUCAGACUUUCAUCCAAAUCCUUUGGAAAAGAGAAGUGGGUGUGCACACAAUUUCUCACUUCCUGUCUCUCUGCAAGUGGGGAGAAGGGGUGGCCCCCACGACCCCUGUUCAAAGAUCCAAAUGUACUGACAGGCCAGUGACACCUGCAGUUAUUUUAAUCUGGGAGUUACACUGCGUCCCCUCUGCUUUCUCAGAUGAAGUGGCUUGCGUCAUCCCAGAGGAAUGCAAACGGAUCUGUGGCACGGAAGUUGGGUGCUCCAACAUUGCGUACCCCAAACUGGUGGUGUCUCUCAUGCCAAGUGGUAAGGAGUGGUGCUGUUAAGGGGAGGGCGGAUUUUGCCUGACUUUCUUGCACGUGAAAUCCUGAGUCCUUUGGAACCCACUGCGCUUGCCUUAUUAUGGAUUCUGACCAGCUCCAUCUGUGUCACCUGAGAGAUGCUGAGCUCCAAGGAAGAUGGAUGUGCUUCCCUUCCCACUUCAUUGUGUCUCCCCUCCGCAGGCCUCCGGGGUCUCAUGCUGGCUGUGAUGCUGGCGGCAUUAAUGAGCUCGCUGGCUUCCAUCUUCAACAGCAGCGGUACCCUCUUCACCAUGGACAUCUACAACCGCCUGAGGCCGCAAGCCAGCGACAAGGAGCUCUUGAUCGUGGGCAGGUGAGGAAGAGCGCUCGGUUGUGCCACCAUAGCUGUCAGCGUUUCCCUUUUUUUAAAGGGAAAUUCCCUUAUUCCGAAUAGGAUUCCUUGCAAGAAAAGGAGAAAGUUGACAGCUAUGUGCCCCACACCCAUUGAGUACCACUUCAUUUGUUAAGAUAACUUAAUGGAGCCCUGUAGCAGAAAUGGGGAGCUCAGGACAGGUCCAGUUUGCCUCCAUUCUGCUGUAGGGACAUAUUCGAAAAUCCUAGAAACUGUCACGGAACAAAUACACUUUUUACAUUAGAAAAACUAGCAACAACCGCAGGCCAGAUACGCCGACUGCCAAGAUGGCUUUUGUAAAAAUUCUUUUGGAAAACCAAACCAGGUGAUGCCACAGCUCAAGGCAAGGACUUGCAGAAAUCCCUCCCCAACUGCAACCAAGCACCGCUGGCUAAAUGCCUUUGGUGGUGCCUCCAUUGUCCUGCUCUCCCCAAGCGUUCUCACCUUGCUGUUGCUCCCCACAGAGUGUGGAUCCUGCUCCUUGUGGGAGUGAGCAUUGCGUGGAUCCCAGUGGUGCAGGCGGCCCAGGGGGGGCAGCUCUUUGACUACAUCCAGUCCGUCAGCAGCUACUUGGCCCCGCCGAUCGCGGCCAUCUUUCUCCUUGGGCUCUUUGUCAAAAGGGUUAACGAGCAGGUGAGUGACAUUCAGGAAGGGGCCAGCAUGGGAAAGUGACACUCAGCCAGUGGAGAGGAAAGCCAGGUGCCUGAGAUAAAGGGAAUUUAAGUGAUAGGCAGUAGCCAUUUUGGGAUAUGGAAUUCAGGUGCUCGGGGGAUGGGGAGACACUGGAAUAGAAGAUACAGAGAAGUCACUGCAAAGAAGCCUAACUCUCCAUAAAGUAUGCCACAGGUUUAUUUUAGGAUCCAUCCUUGUUCAGGUUCUGCUGCAGACUCUCAAUUUUAGGGUGUAGUACAGGAGACCAAAAAGAACAGGACAAGCAAAUAUUUGGGUUAGAAAGCAUUCAAAGCAGCCAGACCUAGCCCAGCCCCUUGGCUCUGUUGUUGUUCAUCCUUCUCUUUCACCCUGUUUGUCUCUCUCCCUCUUUAGGGUGCAUUCUGGGGGCUGGUGGGGGGGCUAGCCAUAGGCAUGGCCCGGAUGAUCCCAGAAUUUUUUUACGGGACAGGAAGUUGCCUCUUCCCCAGCACCUGCCCCCGCCUGAUCUGUGGAGUCCACUAUCUCUACUUUGCUUUCAUCCUCUUCUGCCUCACGGCCACCAUUGCGGUGGGUGUCUCUCUCUGCACCUCACCUAUCCCUGAGAAACAUGUGAGUAUAGAGGCCGGGUGGGCAGAGGAAUCCACGUGAACCUGGCACACGAACCUAAACUGGGGGCUAUAGGGCGACAGUGCCUCACUGCCAAGACAACUGAGGGUUGCCACCUCCAAGACUGCAGCCUCGAAAAGCCCAACUCUAGUUUACAGUCUUUAAAUGCAUGGUGGGGGUGUAGCUCAUUUUGGGGAAGGCAGGCCUAGUGGUAUGAAAGACAAGCCACAGAAAAGUACAGUGGUACCUGGGAUUAAGUACUUAAUUUGUUCCAGAGGUCUGUUCUUAACCUGAAACUGUUCUUAACCUGAAGCACCACUUUAGCUAAUGGGGCCUCCUGCUGCUGCCGUGCCGCUGGAGCACGAUUUCUGUUCUCAUCCUGAAGCAAAGUUCUUAACCUGAAGCACUAUUUCUGGGUUAGCGGAGUCUGUAACCUGAAGUGUAUGUAAUCUGAAGUGUAUGUAACCCAAGGUACCACUGUAUAUUUAAAGCACACACAAGAAUCCUGGGAACUGUUGUUUUCCCCAUCACAAAACUAUAGUUCUCAUCGCAUUUAACAAACUAUGGUAUAACUACCAACCAGUUGACAGAGUGGGCCCCCUCCUCAUUUGUUCUCUGGCACAGAGCCACUUCCUUUGGUCCCUUAAUGGCCCAUUACCCAGGCUAUUGCCUCACUAGGAAGCUAGCCUGGCUACUCCAAGACUUAGAAGGGGGCCCAGGCAUACAACCUACCUGUCUGCCAACGCAUAACAAUACUAUAUUUGCCCAUCCUUUGUCAAGGGAAGGAGAUGAAGGCUUGGGCAGGUGAGCAACGCAACCAUGCACCUUGCGUCUAACCAAACCACCCGUCUUGCCACCCCAGCUGCAUCGCCUGGUGUUCAGCCUCAGACACAGUAAAGAGGAGCGAGUUGAUCUGGACACGGAGGAAGAGGAGGAAGCCAAACAAAGGGAGGCUGCCCGGCAGCGGCGCCGGGAACAUGCAGAGAUGGAAGCCGCCAGGAACGGGAGGCUGGAGCAGGCGCUGGAGGUGGAGGGUGAGGCAGAGAGGAGGCUUUGUGUUGCAAGGGUGGGAAGCCUUUCACACCCCGAGGGCCAUAUUCCCUCCUGGACAGCUUUCCGAGGGCCACAUGCAGGGUCAGGUGCAAAAGUGGGAGGAGCAGCAAAUGCAAAUUUUACUUUUGUAAAGUAGGGCAGAUACACACACUCACACACCUGUCUCGAUCCCCCGUUCAGAGACAUGAGUUCAAGGACACAUUCCAGCCUGGCAAAAACAACUGAGUUUUGAGGCAAAGCCAGUGAGAGGCAAAGUCCUGGGGAAAGUUCCAAGGGCCAGUGAGAGGGGCUCAUGGGGUAUCAGGAGAUGAGAGGCAGGCCAUUCCACUUUUCCCCUCUUAACUAUCCCUGCUGGAGGCCCCAAACCACUUAUUACUUGGUGGCGUCAUUUUCCUUCUGAGGUGGCCUCAGCCACGCAGCCUUGUAGGCCCUGACCAUCCUCUGUUUCUUCCCCUCUCCGCACAGCUCCCAAAGCAGCGGCCUCCUCUGGCAGGCUGCGCCGGUGCCUCGGCUGGUUCUGUGGGAUGGCGGCAGACAGCCAGGAGCAGCCGGAGCUGAGCCCAGAAGAGAAAGCUGAGGAGCUGCGGCGCCUGACAGACAUCACUGAGCAUCCAACAUGGAGGCGCGUCGUCAACAUCAACGCCGUCGUCAUGAUGGCCCUAGCGAUAUUUUUGUGGGGCUACUAUGCCUGAGCGCCACUCAAGACGACAGCUCUCCAUAAACCUCUUGACACCCUCUUGACACCAACCCCAUCUGGGCAUAACUUCAGCCUCUGAGGGACAGUGGCAUCAACGAGUUGUCAGGGAACGAGCAGUCAUCAACCAGCCAGCUAGGAUCACCCAAGCCCACCAAAGACCAACCCUUGUAAUCCAAGUCAGAGAGGGCAUCGUAAUGCAACACACGGAAGGAGAAGCUGAGACCUUUCAGGUGUUGUUGGACUCCAGUUCCCAUCAGUCCCAACCAGCAUGGCCAGGGAUGAUGUGCUUUGUAGUCUAACAUCAGGGAAGGGUACUGGCUCCCCAUCCGUGUUGUAGCAAGAUGCCCCAUUUUGAAGGCCCUUCUUAGUUCCUCUUUGCAAUACCACUUACUGUAUACUGCCUCUCUCCCACAGCCCUCACCUCAAAGGUAUGAAGCCUGUGAGGAAAGACAAACCAUCCAAUGUUAGUGGCGUUGCAAAAAAAUAAAAUAAAAUAAUGGCACAUUCUUCUUGGGGGCCCCACCGAUUUGGCACCUGGGGUCCUCACCCCUUCGGGUCCCUAGAGCAAGACAUUCUAGCUUCUUGUCCAUGCUUCCACUUUUCUUAGGUCUGGUCAUCCAAACCACACACUUUCUCCCAAUGCUUUUCACCUUCAUCACAUUGGUGUGGCCCCUGGAAUCCAAGCACCCCUCAUGCCGUCAUCACCAUUUUCACCAAGGUCAGUGUAGCAGAGGUUGCUCAGUUCCUCCAGAGCCACGUGGAGGUCAUGAGAGCCAGGCACAAGGGUACCUCCCUUAUGACUUGGUUUGAGGGAGGCAAUGCUGGCCUGCCCAUUCCCCCCCCCCCGCCAGAAAGCCGCACAUCCAACAGCACCAGCGUAGCAUCCAGACCCUGUUUUGGAAAACAGAGAGGCCAAAGAACGGGGGAAUAAAUGUGACUGUGAAAAUGGCCAAUGUGCUUUUGGAUGUUCUAGGCCGGAGGCAAAUGGGGAACCGGAAGGAAAGCAAGUUCCCACUGUAACUUAUUCUGUCAGGAAUGGAGAUGUGUCUGCCUGAAUGUUCAAUUUGACCAAUACAGGCCUCAAAAAUGCACAAGGAAGUUAUCGGUACUGCAAAAGUACUACACGCACGUAUAUAAGAUUUUCACACACAAAAUGCAAAAGAAGAAUCACUUUUAAACUUCAUGUUAAUAAAAAAAGGGUUUAUUUUUGUGUUUCCCUCUCACCCUCAACAAAUCAGGGAGGGAGCAGGUACCCUGCGCUCCCCUCCAUUUUGGCAUUAAAAACUCUGACAACCCCACGUGAGGCAAAGGCAGCACCUCUGGCAUCACUGUGGCAACUGAGAGCCACUCUUUCCAAGGCUUUAGCAAGUCGUUAUGUUAAACGUCUCCUGGAGUUAAAGGGUUUUCUUUUCAGGGAUGGUCCAAUCCAUGCGCCACUCAUCAGGGCCCAGAAGGUUCCGGUCUGUUACCCAUCCUGCUGCUGUCAAUCCUUGGAAGAGAUGGGUGGGUCCAAAGUGAAAGGAAGGGAGUCUUGUUUAGCUAUAGCUAUACAUUCAAUUAAUUCUCAACCUACACUUUCCUGCUCUCCCUCUCUGAUACAGGACAAUGCAGAAGAGUGAAAUAUAAGCAGGACUGAAUGGUUUUUCAGGGCGGGGGGGAGUGAGGAUUCUUGCAAGCAGAAACAGCAUGAGAAAUCAUAAAAACUUCUGCAGUCUUUUUAAAGGAAAGCAAGUUUCCACUCCUUUGGAUUAAGUCGAAAAUCUGUGAUGGGCAAAGCCUGAUAAAAGUUCUGAGAAGAUCUGAGCAGGGGUUCUAACAGGGGUGAUUCCCUUUCCCCAGAUCUAAUUAAUAUACUAGUAUACUAAUCUUAUUAUUAUGUACAUCUAAACAAGCAGCUAGAUGCAAGUCUAUUAAAUUUUCAUAACUUACCUAAUUUUCGUAACUUACACAGGUCAUGGAAAUGUAGCUUUGCUCGGUGCUGCAUUCAGAAUAUUUAUUUUUUGUUUUCUAAGUAAAGGUCAGCAUCUA